AUGAUGUCCACCCAAGUGAGGAGUAAAUGGUGGAAAAUGCUUUAUAGAGAAGUGAUCAAUGCUUUUCAUUACUGGGAUGGAGAUGGUGCCAUGGUUGGGAUUGUAGGUAUGGUAGUUGGCAUAGCCGGUAAAGGAGGUAACACCAUUUUAGGUGCAGAAGGCAUGGAUGGCAAUGGUGGCAAGGUAGCAGGCAAUGGGGACACAUUUGUUGGCUUUGGUAGAGUUGGUGCAGCGGGCAUUGUUGGGAGAGGAUUGGCAGCUGGAAGUGGUGGUAAUGUAGUAGACUGUGGUAGAGUUGGUGUAGUUGGCAUUGCUGGGAGAGGACUAGUAGCUGAGAGUGGUGGCAAUGCUGUCGGUUGUGGAAGAGUUUGCGCUGCAGGCAUUGCUGGGAGAGGGCUGGCAGCAGCUGAAAGUGGUGGCAAUGCUGCAGGCUGUGGGAGGUUAGCAGCAGUUGGGACUGCAGGCAAGGGGUUAAAUGGCAUCGGUGGAAUGCUUGGAUUUGGCAAUGGUGGCAAUCCUGUUUGGGGCAAAGUUGGGAUAGUAGGCAUUGGAGGAAUGCUCGGCUUUGGCAAUGGUUGGAUUGGUGGAAGUGUUUGUAAUAGAUGCCGAGCUGCAAAGCUCAUCUGA